ACAGCGGUCGCAUUUGUUUGAACAGAUACUUCACUACACCAUGCUUACAUUCAUUAUAAUUUAGAGUUAAUUUUUUUCCACUCAAACGUCAUCUCCAGAGGCCACAAUAAAAUCAUCGUGCUAAUUUCCUUAAGGGGGUCAGAUUUCUGUGAUAAAUGCUGGAGUGGUUGAUGUAAGUGACAAUCCGUGUUGAGUUAGCUAGCUUUCUUAGGAAAAGUCCCGUCAGAUGGAAGACUAUAAAUGGUGGGUUCAGGGAAAUUAUUAGUGCUUCAAGAAAACCAGGGACAAAAAAAGAGGACAGCAUUAUUCAGAUGUGACUUUAAAGCAGAAAGACAGAACCUAUUAGUGCACAUGCAGUUUGAAGCAAAGGUUCUUUUAAGGACACUCUGGAAAAAUCUUACUCACUCAAAAGCUCUGCAAUGAAUGGCACCUGUCAACCCGGUGAUAAUUUCCUCCUGCAACCCAUCUGGGCAGCUAUCCGAAGUCAUGAGGACUUGCUGCUUUCCAAGAUCUUUCCUACAUGCUUUGUCUUCUUUGCUCAUUUGGUGGCUUGCUUGUACUUCAUUUUGUUGGACUUCAUGGCACCUCAUGUCCCCUGUCUUUGGCACUAUAAAUUAAGUAGUCAAGAUUCCAGAAACACAAAAGCACUAUGGGAAUGCCUGUGGAAGACUGCCAGCAACCAGGUGAUGUGUGUCCCAUCGGUCUCUCUGCUCUGCACCUAUCUACACCCACAGAGACUCCCUGACAAGGCCCCCUCAUGCUUUUGCCUGGCAUUUGAGGUCGUGCAGUGCCUGCUGCUGUUUGAUGCCCUCUAUUUCUGCUGUCAUUUCCUGCUACAUAGAGUACCUUACCUGUAUCAGAAGGUUCACAGUGUGCACCAUCAAUACCAGGAGACCUUUGCUCUAGUGGCCCAGUACUCCAGCCCUUGGGAUGCAGUCAUCUUACAAAUGACUGCUUUCUUUUGUACCGUCUUGUUGCACUGUCACCCACUGAGUGAGAUGAGCUUUCACCUUUUGAACAUUUGGCUCUCGGUAGAGGUUCAUUCUGGCUAUGACUUCCCUUGGGCAUCUCACCGCAUGGUACCGCUGGGACUUUUGGGAGGGGCUCCUUUUCACAAUCUGCAUCAUCAACAAUUUAAGUGCAAUUAUGCUCCAUAUUUCACCCACUGGGACAGACUAUUUCAGACAUUUGUACAGACAUCAAAAAAACAAAUAUAAAUAUCAUAGUCUCCUUGUUGUUUGCUAUUAAUGUCCUUUAUAUCAUCUCUAUGUCUUGUUAUCUGCCCAUCUUUCUCACCUAAUUGAGAAUGGAAAUAGAGCUGUGAGUCUAGAGAUUUCUCUCCAGACAAGAGAAACAUAAACCUGGAAUAGGAGGCAUACACCUAGAUGAUGAGGAAAGAAAGACAGAUAUUGCUGAGCAGGGUAAGUGGCCCAGACAUCCACACAUAUUAAUGGAUCGUAUACCCUCUAAAGACAUAUACAUGUCUCGAUAUACUCCAUGAGUGUUUAUAACAGGGUAGUCAGAUUCCGGUAGCACCUGCCUUCUGAAUAUGUUGCAAUGGAGCUUACAGAUUCAAUAUUUCCCUGUUAUUAAGCAAUGUUAAAAGAUUUUCAAUCAUGUGACAGGAGGAGCAUGAGUCUUUACUCUAGCAUUUUAUACAUGUGCAAAAGCCUUUGAGUCUCUCUGUAGUAUUUUGGAUUCUGUUUGUCUACUGUGUCUUUUUGAUUACCAUUAUAUGUUCCUUUUCCCUCACUACAUUUGACCUAAUGCCUGAUUAACCCAAAACCUACGCAAUCACAAAUGAAAUUAAAAAAUACUAUUUGCUUUAUCUGCUUGCCAUGCCUUUUCUCCUGGUAGAUUCUCUAGAUCUGUCCUCUCACUAUGGCACGUCUGUCAGGCUUAAUGGGGA